ACCGCCGCUUUGCGGAUGAAGACUCUUAGCGCCGGGGACGCCUAGCUCGCCCCCACCCCGCGCUGCCUUGCCUUGCCUUGCCCUGCCUCGCCCUCCUUGCCCGGCCGCGAUGCCUUUCCCCCUGCGGACCCUGGAGCCGCUGAAGCUGUGCAGGUUGGAGGAGGCCGGCGGGGAUGGCGCCGCGGGCGCGGAGCGGGGCGGCCCGGCGCAGGGGGACAAAGCGGCGGCGGCGGAGGGGGGCGGCGGGCGCCGCCGCGGCGCGGUGCCGCUCUUCAGCGCGCUGGAGCAGGUCAGCUCGUACGCGCUGGUGUCGCUGCUCAUGCAGCUCUCCGACCUCUCCCGCUGCGCCGGCGACAUCUUCGGCGGGAUCCUCGGCGAGGCGGACUCGCUGUGCCAGCGCAGCGCCCGGCUCCAGCGCCGCCUCGGCACCCUCGAGGCGCUCCUCGCCCGCCUCGACCACCGCAAAGUCAAAAUCCCCGUUUCCAACCUAGAUGAAGAGAGUAGAUGGACAGUCCACUACACUGCUCCAUGGCACCAGCAGGAAAAUGUGUUCCUGCCUUCUUCAAGACCACCUUGUGUGGAGGACCUGCACCGACAAGCCAAGUUGAACCUCAAGUCAGUACUGAGAGAGUGUGACAAACUGCGGAGGGAUGGCUAUCGGAGCUCUCAGUAUUACUCUCAGGGCCCAACCUUUUCCUCUUCCUCCAGUGCAAUCUGUGGAAGUUACCAGGAUGAUUAUGAAGAAAUUGAACAAAAGUGUUCCGUCUCCUCCCCAGAAGAAGAAAAGCUCAUUACUGUCAAAAGGCCUAAAACGCCUGUUUCAAAUGAGUUAUCAGAUAUCAACACCCAAACAAACUGGACCAAGUCACUCCCACUGCCAACACCAGAAGAGAAAAUGCGACAACAAGCACAGGCAGUCCAAACAGAUGUGGUUCCUAUUAAUGUGACUGGGGAGAAUUUCGACCGCCAAGCCAGCAUUCGGCGGUCUCUAAUUUACACAGACACGGUGGUAAGACGGCCGAAGAAAGUCAAAAGGAGAAAGACUAUUACAGGAAUCCCUGACAACAUACAAAAGGAGCUAGCAGUUGGCACUGGCCAAAGUGAUUUCCGAGGACAUUCGAUGUAUGUCCCUGAUCACUCUUCUACGCUAGGGAGACUAGACAGCUAUCGCUCUGCUAUGCAGCGUUCUGAAACCAAGGACACCAGCUGCCAGACUGAGGACGUGAAAGUUGUGCCCCCUUCAAUGAGAAGAAUACGAGCACAGAAAGGACACGGUAUUGCUGCCCAGAUGUCUCAGUUCUCCAGCUCAUCUGGAAACAUGUCAGUGAUGAGUGAUUCUGCUGCAGUUAUAUUUGCUUCACGCCAAAACAGUGACAUAGGUUUUCACAGCUUGCCUCGGGCUGGUGCAAGAGUAUCCCUGCAGUCCGUAGAACAGACACAGAGCAUCUCUAGGCAGACAGAAGACUUUGGUGGCACUUUGCCGCACCAGAUAAGUAAAUUGCAAGUGGAUGAUGGUGGUGUGCAUCUGAGAAAUAAUCCCACUACAGGGACCCUCUCAAGGCCAAAGUCUCAGGAGGUGAGAAGUUACGAGAGUGAAAAGUCCACAAGCCCAGCGUGUGUAGUCUCUCCUCAUGCCACCUACUCAACAAGCAUCAUACCCAAUGCAACACUGUCAUCCUCCUCAGAAGUUAUUGUUAUUCACACUGCCCAGAGUGCUGGAUCAUUGGAUAGUAAAAUUACUACCACUGCUGCCUACUCAAAGCCAAGAGACAAUCCUGUUGCCAGCAAUGCAGUAAGUGGGAAAGAUGAUCACCAUUCUUCAAGUGGUAACUGGAGCGAAAGUAGCUCCACACACCACUCUCAGACUUCAGAUACCAUUCCAUCUAAUACUGUCAUGAUGCUUUCUCUUGGUGACUCUGCUGUCUCCCUCGGCACUCCUGGAAAUGUGGAGGCUGGGCCUCAGAGUGUAAGCUACAGCUGUAGGAACAAUCUUGCUUUACCAAGCCAGUCCCAGGACAGUGACGGUAGGAGUGAAUCUAGCUAUUUGGGGGAGCGAACACAAGCAAUGAUGAACAGCGCAGAGCAUUGGCUGUACAAAUCUGCGGAAAAUAGUGAGACUCCUUCACGCAAAAUGGCUUGUGCCACACCAGGCUGUGCCACUCCUGUGAGCAACUUGAGCAGCAGCAGCCUGGAAAGGACUUCAGUCAAAGAAGAUUCUACUUCUCUCUAUUCGGUGGACCAUGAUGGUUAUUACACUUCCAUGCAUAUGGACUCUGGACUGAAGUCAGACAAGCCAUGCAAUAGUACUAAUGGUUUUGGGAAUGCCAGGGACAGUGUGGUUAAUGUUUUUGGUGGAAAAGAGAAAAAACAUCAGGAAGACCAGUCAGGCCAAACUGACAAAUCUCUUGCAAGAAAUAUAUCUUUAAAAAAGGCAAAGAAGCCACCUUUACCACCAUCCAGAACAGACUCACUUAGAAGGGUACCCAAGAAAAAAGCACAGUCCAAUGGACAGGUACUUGAUGAAACCCUCAUUGCUACCCUCCAGCAUUCUCUGCAGUUGAAUCUGAAGUGCAGAAAUGGCAGCUCCCCUUCCCAGAGCCCCUGCAGUGAUUAUGAAGAUCCCUGGGUGCUGCGUUCCCGCAGCCAAAGCUCUGUCAGUGUGAGUAGCAGCAUGAUGUCCACCCCUGCUCCAAAUCUGUACUCUAUCUGCACAGUCACACCCUCUCAGAGUGAAACAAGCAGCAUCAAGUCAGAGUACGCUGACCAGUGGGGUUACUACAGUGACUAUGCUGCAGUGACAGAUGACCAGGUAAAAUCCUCGGUGACUCAUUCAGCCAGUACGUCAUCUGCUCUCAGUGAUUACAGCAUAAGCCACUUCAGUGAUGGCUCAAGGGCUUCUGUGCCACAAGUGCCCAGUGGACUGGCUAAACCAAAGAAUGUUUCUCCGGAGAAAUCUCACCGAGUUACAUCGCCAUCGAGUGGGUACUCCAGCCAGUCCAAUACACCCACUGCGCUUACUCCAGUGCCUGUAUUAUUAAAGUCCACCUCAUCAGGAAAUGGGAAAUCUAAGCUGAAGCCUAAAGUGCCUGAAAGGAAAUCUUCUCUUCUGUCUUCAGUCUCCAUUUCUUCAUCUUCCACUUCCCUUUCUUCAAAUACAUCUACUGAAGGGAGCGUGAGUGUGAAGAAACUGGACUCCACCCGGAGCUCUCCUCUGGAUUCUGGUGUACCUCCUCCACCACCUCCCCUUCCAACAUCUCCUCCACAUUGUCCUGAUCUCUCUCCUCUCCCUCCCCCUCCUUCAGCAGAAGUCAUGGAUAUGUCACUAUUGCCAGCCUCUCCCACAUUCCCCCCUCCUCCACCAGAAGCUGAUGUCAUUUCUUCCUAUGCCCAGAAUGUCUCAUGGUUUCCGCAAGAAACCUCCAUCAGUUCAUUCUCUUCCCCUGUUCCUCCUCCUACUACUUUUCCCUCAGCUGUUCCACCUCCAGCACCACCUCUUGAUCCCAAACUGACAAAAGAUGUAACAAAAUACUCACAGUAUUCUUUUAAGAAACGUAACCAGGAAGAUUCUUGCUAUAGUCCAGUGAAACAGCCAUUCAAUAAGCAAGAUGCAUCAAGGCCUGUGAUGCCCUUAGUAACUACCAAAGCAUUGCAAAUGGUGCAGCUGAGAUCUGUGAAAAAAGCAACAGAAGGUGAACUGUCAGCUGAAUCUGCUUCUGAAACCGUAUCUCAGGAAAAGAGUGCUGUAAGUUCAUGCCCACAGGCUUCCCUAAAGCCAUCUUUCUCACUAAGACUGAGUAACAGCUUAGGUGAAGAGGAGAUGAAAACACACGGUGCUUCAUUUAAAAACUCAAUUCAAACACUGGCUCAGAGUUCUUUUCUGAUUCUAUCUGACAAUGUACCUGAGCUUGACAGUGAUCAAAAAUCUGCAAGUACAGUAGGUAUAAACAAAUCUUUUGAUGCUGAUUUACUGGAAACAGCUACUGAAGAUGCACUGGAGUCUUCAGUGCAGAAUGAAGACUUCCAUUCUGGCUGUAUCAGGAUGUCACUUCAGGGAUCAUCAACAUCUCCGGACAAGACUCAGGUCGUAUUGCCAAACAAGAAACCCCCUCCUAUUUCAAAGAAACCCAAACUGUUCCUUGUUGUACCACCUCCACAGUUAGAUCUUACAGAGGAGAAAAUAGCUGAUAUGAGUGAUACUGCCAGAAGCGCAUCAAGCCCAACUAAGAGAGACGCUGUGCUUGCACACUGCAAGGAGGUGAGAAACUGUCUUACAGAUGGACCCAGUUCUAGCGAAAUGGACUCUGGCAGCCUGGUUCCUGAGGGAGGAGCUGCUGGAUUCACUUUCUCUGAAACUGUGGAAGCUAAUGCUUUUAUGGUACAGCCUGCUGCAUCACCAGUUCAAGAAGCUCCUAGGCAGGAGGAGCAGCCCAUUUUUGAUGAAGGAAGCAGUUCAGGCAGCAGCCAAGGCAGCAGCAGUAAUACUGACGGGCACCUAUCUCAGGAGAACGAAAGUGCGGAGGUGUUUGAAUUGGAUACAGCAAAUAGUUCAUUCAUUCCUAGCCAUAGUUAUGGGGAAGAGACGGAUGGGGUGGCAACACCAGCAAGACCAAGGACUACUGAGGAUCUUUUUGCAGCCAUUCACAGAUCCAAAAGGAAAGUCCUUGGCCGUAAAGAUUCUGAAGACGAUCGUACCCGCAACCAUUCUCCAUCACCCCCCGUAACACCUACUGGCGCUUCCCCAACCUUAACUACCCUCAAACAAGCAGGAUCUAUUCAGAGAAGCAUUCGCAAAAGCAGCACUAGCAACGACAACUUCAAGGCCCUGCUGCUGAAAAAAGGAAGCCGUGGUGACACCAGUUCCCGCAUGUCAGCAGCAGAGAUGUUGAAGAACACAGACCCACGGUUCCACCGGACAAAGGCAGAUGCUGCCCCUGACCUUUCUGACAGCCCUGCCAGUUGCUCACCCAGCAAGAGCAAACGGGCCCAGGAGGAGUGGGCCAAGAGUGAGGGCCUGAUGCCAAGGAGCAUGUCCUUCUCUGGCACUAGGUACGGCCGAUCACGAACUCCCCCCUCAGCUGCCAGUAGCAAGUACAAUGUUCGCAACCGCAUCCAGAGCAGCCCUAUGACUGUGAUUAGUGAGGGAGAUGGGGAAGUGGUGGAACAGUCAGAGAGCAGGAUCCGAAGGACUUUGGAAGAGCAGCAAGAGAGGCAGCUUGAUGUGUUUAACAGUGACGAAAUGGACACGAAUGACUUUCCAUAUGCUGAAGAGCCUGGCUGCAAGGAGACCUUGAAUUCAACCCAUGUAGACUUAAUGACUCAACCAGGUACUUCAAGGAAGUAUCUAAGCCCUUCAGCUGAAGAAAGUUAAAGAGGCAGUGACAAAAGGCAUUGGGUAUUAGUCUAGAAAAUGACAGAGGACUAGAUCCAAAAAGAAAGCCCAGACCUAGACAAAUUUACUUUGCUGAGCAUUUAUUCAAUGAACUGCAUGUGUGUGUUUAAAUGCUGAAGCAAUGAUAGUUCUGCAUGGUUGGGGUGGGUUGGGAAGGACUUCCUUCGAAUGAGUGGUCUGUGGCUUAAAGAACAUAACAUUGAGAUAUCUGUGUAAAGCCUUAGAAGUCCUCUUGGGGGGAAGUUUUCAGAGCCUGUAGGGGGUGUGAUGUUUUUCUUUUUCUUGAGACUGCAAUUGUGCAAGCAAAACUUAGGGAUAAACCUGAAAAGGGAAUGGGAAGGCUUCUGUGGCACAACCUGGACAUUUGCUUCAAAAGCAUUGAAUUGGUGCAACAUAAUAUUCAUUAAGCACAGAGAGGCAGGAUGAGGCACAUCACCUGUGAGAAGGUAGUAGAUUUGGUGGUGGGGUUGCAUGGCUUCUUACUACAGUAUGCACCUAUGUUAGAUGAAGUAAGUCCUGCUAAUGCAAAUAGGUCACCAGGUUAUGAGUUGGUCGAGGAUACUGUCUUUUUUUCCUGAGGGAAAAUGAAAUACUUAAAAUGGAAAAGGGAGCACAGAUUUAUAACAUAGUACUAGCUGCUGUGCAGCCACCCACACACACUUGGUGAAACAUUGAUCUCCAAGUGAAUUGCUUCCUUGAAUAGUGUAUUCCCUUAGAGAACUGAAACAACUGGAUGUGUGCAGAGGAUGCAAGCCAACAACAGAAAAGUGGGAGAGGACUUGAGCAAUAUGCUCCUGGAGUUUGGAAGGGUUAGGUUUAUGAAUUGAAAAACAAAAUUUGACUUUGAGAACUUGCACUACAGAGCUGUAGGUAGAGCCUGUCUUUCAAAAUUGAAACUUGGGAGUUAUGUUUUUCCAGAAGUCUGUCUUCCAUUUCUCAAAAUGGAAAGAUUAUUGCUUUUCAUCACUUGAAAUAUCAGAUACUUGCUAACUUUUGGUUACCAAAGAAUAAGUUACAGUUACUUUCCUUUUUGAUUUGCCUGCAGUAUUUCUUUUUUAACCAUAAUAAUUUAGUGAGGUUUGAUUUUAUUGUAUAUUUUACAGAUGAUAAAAACAUUUAACGGUUUUCCAGUCGUAAAGAAAACCAUUAAUUUUGGUUCUUAGUAGGAAUGAAACUUUUAAUUUUUGAGAAGAAUUUUGCAUCAUUUGAUGGCGUGCGCAGUUUUUGUAUUGUUUGUAAAUAUUGGAAGUUGUUAAAAUAUCUUUUGAUCUCCCUACUGUAGGAUUUAUACAUUUUUAGACUGCUUUUAAGAAGAAAAAGCACUCCUUGUAGAUUAUUUAUUUUAGAGAAAUAUGCUUGUAAUCGCUUUCUUCAGUCCUUUACUUGUUAGUAAUGUAAAUUUCAGAGGCCUUCGUUUAACUCUUUCUUUCACAAGGUGGGAACAGUGAUGAAAAUGCUGUGACUUUGCUUCAAUAAAGGAAAAGGCUGCCAGUUGCCA